CACAUUUCGUUAUUAGGUUUUUACAUAUUUGAUUUAUCUUCUUUUUUUCCUCGGCUCUCGUGCACAGAAUUUAUGGUCCGGCAUUGAGUUAAUGUUAACAGUAAACGCGGUGUUUAUUUUUUUUUUUUAAUUAUAACUUUUUCAAUUUACAAAACGUGUUGCGCUUGGGUAAGCUUUAAUUCGACCGUCGACUUUCGAAUAUUGUCCAGGCCGUUAUCUGUGUGACUCUACGCUGAAACUUUAUGCAAAUGCAAUUACACGUUUAUUAACAAACUAAAACGUCAUUCUCCAUCAUCAAUUACAUAAGGUUUUAUUAAAUUUUUACAUUCUGUCAGAGUAUUAUGAAAACUGACACAAUAUCACCAUGCAGCUCUACAUCGCCUUAUCAUUUAAUUACUUCCAGCGAAAAAUACUGUAAUUGGUUUUACGAUGAAAAAAUAUGCUGGCCCGUGGCAAAAGCUGACACAAAUGUAUCUGUACCGUGUCCAAAAGAACAAGGCUUUGACAUAAUGAAGAAUGCCUACAAAUAUUGCACUAAAGACGGCAUUUGGGAAAACUUCACCAAUUUGUUUGGAUCGACCGAUUACAGUAGUUGUUAUACACCGGAACUUGCUGAAAUGCUCCAUAAACUCGGUUCCUACGAAGAUACUAAGAGGAAAAUUAACAUAGCCACAAACACCGGAAUCAUCGAAAUUGUCGGAUGCAUCGUUUCCAUAGUGUCUCUAGUCGUGUCGCUGUUCAUAUUCAUUAGACACAAAGGUCUCCUAGAACAAAGAUUCAAGAUACACAUGAAUUUAUUCGUGGCAUUGUCGUUACAAAUGCUUAUCAAGCUCAUAUUAAAUGUAGAUAAGCUGGACUGGUUCAAAAUGAAAAGAGAUAGAAAAAAUAUAACCUGUUACGUGGACUGUAACAACGAGCCUCACGUGGUGAAUGUUGAAGAAAAUUGGGUUCUGGGUAUCAUAUACACGCCUAUAGUGUGCGAAGGCGCACAGGUCAUUCUCGAAUGGUCGAAAACCGCCAGUUUCAUGUGGAUGUACAACGAAGGAGUGUAUUUGUAUAGGAUCAUUAAAUCCAGAGUACUUAGGAUUAACUCUAUCAAUACCCGUAUGUAUUUGUACGGUUGGGGCGUGCCCGCUCUGGUAACUUUAGUGUGGUUCCUGGUAACGUUGAUCUACUACGACAAGUCUUCGAGCGUUUGCUGGUGGGGUUAUAACCUGUUGCCGGUUUUUUGGAUACUCGAAGGGCCUCGGAUAGUGAUCCUAGUGGUAAACUUUAUCAUACUCAUGGUGGUGCUGAGAGAAUUGCUAAUCAAAGUCAAAUCGAAAAUGACACCGUCAACCGAGCUGGAAAUAAUAAGAAUAGUGUCAAAAGCAGCUGUGGCCCUCGUGCCGUUGUUGGGCAUUACCAAUUUCAUAUUGGUAGUUAUACCGGAACCGCAUUCGAGAAGUCCUGAGCUAUUUGCAUUCUGGUCGUAUUCAGCUCAUAUACUUCACUCGUUUCAAGGUUUUAUGGUGUCAAUACUAUACUGUUUCAUGAACAAAGAAAUAAAAAAAUCAUUCGACAAACGCAUGAUGCUUCAGAAAACACGACGAAAUGACAUCUAGAAAUAUCAUUAAAUUUGUUUUACGAAAAAUAAAUUCACAUAUUAAUAAAAACUAUUAUAUACAUAUAAUAGUAUAUUUAUAUGAAUUGUUAACUGCAGACAAGAGACAAGUCACUUUUUUUUAAAUACAAAAAACUAAGUAAAGGACUACAUUAUGUCUACCUUUUUGCAGAAAACCCUGUUAAAAUGACCUCUUAUAAUUUAUAUUAUUAUAUAGUAAGAAAAUGGUAUCAAAUAACUAUACAUGAUGUUUUUUAUUCAUCAAUUUUUAGCAGGUAUAAUCGCCAGUUACCAAGUCACUUAAAUUAAAAAAUAGA